CUAUUAUCCAUAUGUGAAAUCAUUCGAGAACAAUGAUGUCAUCGAUAUAACGGUUAAUCAAGCAGAUUCGUGGUUGGCCAUGUUUGAAGGCAUCAUUACCAUCAAGGGUAAAUUGAAGGUGACCGGUGGUGGUACUGGUACAUUAACCCACAAUGCUGGAGCUUAUCUCUCUGAUUCCUGCACCUAUGAAUUGUGUAAUAAAGAAUUGGACACUGUCAGAUAUCCUGGAAUAACGAGUACUGUGCGAGGAUACUUAUGUUAUACGCCUGAAGACUCACGUCAUCUAGCCAUAGCAGGCUGGAACUAUCCCAAUGCUCCGAUCCUCAACACCGAUGGUACGUUUAGCAUGAACAUUCCACUGAAACAUUUGUUUUCCAUCUUCAAUGAUCAUCAAGUGGCAACGUGGGGCAAGCAGUCAAUCCGUUUAGUGAGAGCUCGCAAUGAUGCCAAUAGUGUGAAGGUUGUCGAGAGAGCGAAUACUGCUUUGCCAGGAUCUCCUCAGACUCAAAGUAUUGCUAAAAUAACGAUAGAAAGCAUCAAUUUGAAAGUGCCACAUCUCACACCCAACGAUGACAUAAAGUUGCAGUUGUUGACACGUAUCAAAGCAGAUGAGUCUAUGAUGAUACCGUUUCGCCGAUGGGAAUUGCACGAGCUACCAGCACUCACACAAGGAUCUACCAUAGAAAUCUGGUCCGUCAAGACAUGUUCUGCAUUGGACAGUCCAAGAUAUGUUAUAGUAUUUUUCCAAACGAAAAAAGCCGAUAAUUUGCAUGAAGACGUCACCUUGUUCGAUAAUGCCAACAUCAAAUCCAUACGAUUGGCUCUGAAUAGCGACUAUUAUCCGCAAGAACGAAUGCUAUUGGACUUUUCCCGAGACCAAUAUGCUGACGCUCACUUCAACUAUACAGAGUUCAACAAGAGCUACCAUAACUGUCAAGAAAAGCGCUCUCUAGUAAACUUUGCCGAAUUCAAAUCCCGACCAAUGUUUGUUAUCGAUUGCUCGAGGCGCCAUCUGGUGAAAAUAGAAGUAUGUACGUCAGUUCCCUGCGUGCGUACAGCAACAGAUCUUUUGAAGCUUAUCGACACAAAAGUUGAUCCCUGUGAAGACUUCUAUCGAUUUGCCUGCGGCAGUUUUCUGCAGCACACCGACCUGGAUAAUCGCGGCUUCAUAUCCGUCCAGAAUUUUAUCGAGGACGAGAUUCAUUCCGAAAUUAGAAAUAUAUUAGAGCAGCCGAUACGACAGGAAAGCCCGAAAUCCUUGGAUACAGCAAAGAAAUUUUAUCGAGCUUGCAUGAACGAGUCUGCGAUCGACGCAGCAGGAUUAAAAAAGAUAAAGGAAAUUCUAGAACGGAUCGGCGGCUGGCCAACCCUGCUCGAGAAUAAUUGGCAGGAAGAUGAUUUUGAUUGGUUAGCGGUUGUGCAUAAACUCAGAGAGAUGGGAGUCAACUUCGGGGUAUUUUACCUUGUUUCCGUAUAUCGAGACGAAAUAGAUGAGUCCAGAUACGUUUUAGGUGAUUUUGAGAUAGUUCAGAACUAA